GCGUAGGGGCCGCGUCCUCGUCCUGGAGAGAGCUGGAGUGAAGCUAGCCGCCGUUGGCCGGCGGUCGGAGGAAGGCGCCUGAUUGGUUGCUGCUGUCCGUGACGCGGCCUCUUCUUCCUCCUCGAAGAGGAGGCGCUUUUUCCGCCGCCGGCUCCUACGCGAGGCCCCGGCUUGAGGCCUGUACGGAAAGUUCUGAAUUAGAAAGAAGAUGUCCCUGUAUGAUGAUUUGGGUGUGGAAACCAGUGAUUCCAAGACAGAAGGCUGGUCCAAGAACUUCAAACUACUGCAGUCGCAGCUGCAAGUGAAAAAGGCAGCUCUCACCCAAGCGAAGAGUCAGAGGACAAAACAAAGCACAGUUCUUGCUCCCGUGAUCGACCUGAAACGAGGCAAUGCUUCUGACGAGCGGCAGAUCGUAGACACCCCUCCCCACGUGGCAGCUGGCCUGAAGGAUCCCGUUCCCAGUGGCUUUUCUGCAGGAGAUGUAUUGAUUCCUUUGGCGGACGAAUACGAUCCGAUGUUUCCCAAUGACUACGAGAAAGUAGUAAAACGCCAGCGGGAGGAGCGGCAACGCCAGCGGGAGCUGGAAAGGCAGAAGGAGAUCGAAGAAAGAGAGAAGAGGCGCAAAGACAGACACGAAGCAAGCGGGUUUUCACGACGGCCAGAUCCAGAUUCUGAUGAGGAUGAAGAUUAUGAAAGGGAGAGACGGAAAAGAAGUAUGGGAGGUGCAGCCAUUGCACCGCCGACAUCACUGGUUGAGAAAGACAAAGAACCUGUGCCCUCGUUCCCAUACGAAGAGGAGCCCAGGUCCCGCGGUUCCUCAUCCAAAGCUGCCAUCCCUCCUCCUAUGUACGAUGAGCCCGAGAGGCCUCGAUCCCCAACCGGGCCCAGCAACUCCUUCCUGGCUAAUAUGGGAGGCACGGUGGCGCACAAGAUCAUGCAGAAAUACGGCUUCCGAGAGGGUCAGGGUCUUGGGAAGCACGAACAGGGCUUGAGCACGGCGCUGUCGGUGGAAAAAACAAGCAAGAGGGGUGGCAAAAUCAUUGUUGGCGAUGCUGCAGAUAAAGCAGAUGCAUCAAAGAAAUCUGAUUCAAAUCCUCUGACAGAGAUAUUAAAGUGCCCUACCAAAGUGGUCCUGCUGCGGAAUAUGGUAGGAGCUGGGGAGGUCGAUGAAGACCUUGAAGGUGAAACCAAGGAGGAAUGUGAAAAAUAUGGCAAAGUUGGGAAGUGUGUCAUCUUUGAGAUUCCGGGCGCUCCUGAUGACGAAGCCGUGAGAAUAUUUCUAGAGUUUGAAAGAGUUGAAUCUGCCAUUAAAGCGGUGGUUGACCUGAAUGGACGGUACUUUGGAGGACGAGUGGUGAAGGCAUGUUUCUAUAACCUGGACAAAUUCAGAAUCUUGGACCUUGCCGAGCAAGUCUGAGUUCCUUUUCUUUUCCCUUGAAAGUUGAGCGUGGACGUGUUGAAUCUGGCAGCUCACCGUUUUCAUCUGUCUUCUGGGAGCAAAGCCGUGGAUGGCAUCAUUUCUAGCAAACUGGAAAGAAGCCCCUGAAUAUUUUUUUAAUUGAUUAUGAUGGACACGAUUUCUUUUUUAAUUGUUGUAUAAAAUUACUUACAGAUACUGUCUGUUUCGGUUUGGGCUGUUGCUGUUUAAAUAGCUGAGGCAUAACGAGGGAUAACCA